AUGGACAUGUCCUUCUGCUCUCCUCUCCAGCUCCAGGAGAACUCAUUCCUGUUUGAGUCCCUUCUAGAGAAGACUUAUGAUCCUAUGGCCUUUGAUCCAGCCUUGGACCCUGGCUACUUCAGUGCGGGCAGCAGUCUGUCUCCCACCUCGUCUGUGGACUCCUUUUGCUUCUCCCCCAGCUCCAUCCAGGCUGCAGGAAACGAACAAGACGCCUUGGAUCGCUUCAUCUUCAGCGAACCAGAAGCACCUCAGCUUACCCACAAGACCCAGUCUGUGCCCUACGCCAGAUCCUCCACUGCCACGUCCUCCACAGCCACCUCCGCCACAAAGAAGUCAAGGUCCAGGUAUCCAGGGAAAAAGCGCGAUACCGCCAGCGAGCGGGAGAAGCUGAGGAUGAGGGAUCUGACCAAGGCUCUCCAUCAUGUCAGGUCAUACCUCCCGCCCUCAGUGGUGCCUGCGGGACAGACCCUGACCAAGAUCGACACGCUGCGCCUCACCAUGCGCUACAUCUCCUACCUGUCAGCUCAGCUGGGCCUCAGUGAGGAGGUGCUGGAGCAGAGGAGAUCCCCGGGCUUCAUGGAGCCACCACAAACCCUCUGCCAGUUCCUGGGAGAGCCAACCGCCAGCUGCAGUCCACAGGAAUCAAACUGUAACACGAUGAGUGUGGCCACGCCGUCCUCUCUGCAGCACACUUAUCAGGUCUCCAGUGGAGUUAACUUCAGCAGCGAGCAGAAACUGAAAAAGUGUCGUCGCUUCAGGGCCUACAUAUACUGCAGGGAAGACCUCACUGUGUGUCAGGCCAAGUGUGAGACAUUGGAGGCCAGUCUGCACCAGGAGCAGGCUCAUUCUGAAACAAGCCGAAGCAGGGAGGUGGAGGUCGACCAGGAAAACCAGGCUCUGCAGGUGGAGGUCAACCUGCUCAAGACUGUACAGAGGAAUCUUGAAGAUGAGCUGAAGAAGAAGGACAAGCUUCUUCAAACCACCCCCUACCUUAACUGCCCGGCCACGCUAACGGUCAAAGAAAAGGAGGUCAACAAGAGUCAGUUAAAGAUGCAGGCGCAGAGGCUGCGGAAGGAGACGACUCUGACUGAGGGAGUGAGCAGCUGGAAGGUGGAGGCCGUUGAAAAAGAAAACAAGACUCUGAAGAAGCAAGUUGACAAUCUAAAAGAUGAACAGAAAAAUCUCCUGGAGUAG